AUGGACCAAGAUGCCCCAGCUAAGCCCAGAGAACAAAAGGUCUCCAAGCAGAGAACAAGGUGGAAAAUACUCCUCCUCCUCAUACUCUGCCUGCUCCAUGGUUCGUCCAUGACCCCUCCACACAGACGACCCCAUUCCAGAGGACUACAGGUUGCCUCUCCUACUUCGAGGACCCAUCUCUGCACUAAGGAAGCACAUGCAGCUUCCACACCCCCUUGCUGCUGGAAGAACUCCCUUACAGGUGCAAAUGCCUUGAGAGGCCCAAGGCUGGUGUCUGGGGAGACUGGAGGAGCUGUCACCAUCCAUUGCCAUUAUGCCCCCUCCUCAGUCAACAGGCAUCAAAGAAAAUACUGGUGCCGCCUGGGGCCUCCGUUGUGGAUCUGCUACACCAUCGUGUCCACCAACCACUACACUCACCAUGACUACAGAGGGCGUGUGGCUCUCACUGACUUGCCACAGAGCAGUUUGUUCAAGGUGAAGCUGUCCCGACUGUCACUGAAUGACACGGGACUUUAUCGCUGUGGCAUCGGAGACCGAAAUGACAUGCUGUUCUUCAGGAUGAAUCUGAUGGUGUCUGCAGGUCCUUCCAACACCACCUAUGCAGCAGCUCCAGCUUCUCCUGGGAUAGCAUCUACAGCAGCCAACAGAUGGACCCUGGAAGCCACCCCGAUUCCAGAAGGCCAAGGCUCACAGUGGGACAGAACAGCUCCAACUACAAGAAUAAGCAAAACUAGGGCUUCACCCAACGGGAGACAAACCCCAGGAACAGCCAGGACGAUGGUUCCAAGGACAAGGAGCAGAGAGGAGGGCUUUAUCAAGACAACAGUCCCCACUCCAGAGAGUCCAGCUUCCAAAUCAAGAAGCAUGUUCAGUACAACACCGGGUGUUAGGAUACGGCGUACCAGAAACUCAGUAACAACUAGCGCUAGCACCAGUGUGGGCUGGGGGAAAGGCACGACUCCAGAGGCUGAUGGGCCUCAGGAGGAAACAGGGGUCAGCGCGUCUCCAGGAGCACUCAGGAAGACCACAGGAACCACCGGGCCAUCAGUCCUGAUCUCAGAGCAUGUGACCUGGGAAACUCUCCAAGAAGCAACAGAGGAUUCUAAGCAACAAACACGGUACUCCGUGGAAGAGUCAUCCCCAGCUCCAAGUGCAUGGACGUCGAAUACUACGCAUAUGCCAGUGCCAUCUGGAAGCACUGAUGGGAAUCUAGAAAACACUGAUGGAGAAAGUAGCCCCCCAACACCAAGCCAGCUUUCAUCAGGAGGCCCUAGGUGGGCCCCUGGCCAAGGGUCAUCCAUGAAGAGUGCUUUUACAGGAGGAGAAAGCAACUCUUGGAUCCUGACUCCAGUCUCCACUAUGCUGGCUCUGGUUCUGUUUGCGGCUCUGGUCCUACUGAAAAGAAGACUCUGGAGAAAGAGGGCCUCUCAGGAGGCAGAAAAACCACCAAGGAUCACUCUGAUUCAGAUGACACAUUUCCUACCAGACAAGCUCCCUGCUGUGGGAAAGAACUUGCAGCAGGGGAACCUUCCUUCUGCCCAAGCCAGCCUGACUGUCCUGGAGAAGGACCCAGGACCCUGA